AGAAAGUGAUGCAGCUCAAUGUAUUGCAAAUUGACUCUCUCUCUCUAAAGUUCCAAAAUCAAACAACUUUAAAGAAAAAACGGUUAUUUGUUUAACAUACGGACACCUUCCCCUCUCUUGUUCCAUUUCCUCUCAAUUUCACUGGUCUUUCUUGAAGACGAGAAACCCAUGAGGCGAGCGAUAAGAAGACAACCGGAGAGAAGUUGGGUUGAAAUCUAUUGUUUGGGUUGCUCAUGCCUACAGCUAAUCUGGCCAAAGAUUGUAUUGAGGAAAUUGCUCAAUAUCAAUCCUGCUGAAUCGGAGUACAGUGCUGAUACUGAUGAUGGAGACAGUGAUUGUGAUACUGAUAGUGAAGAAUAUUGUGGGUGGCGAGGAGAAUCACGCUUUCGAGAUAAGAAAAACGGUGGGGAUCGGUGUGAAUCUAAAGGAACCGCCUCUGAGUUCCCUACAAAGAUAAGAAGACGUAAUUCAGAGACACUUCGAUCACAAUAUAUAGACAACAAAGAGCUCAGGAUUUCUGUUGGAACGUGGAAUGUGGGAGGAAAACUGCCUACGGAUGACUUAGAAAUCAAAGAAUGGCUAGACUUUGAUGAACCUGCUGAUAUCUAUGUGCUUGGGCUUCAGGAGAUUGUUCCGUUAAAUGCGGGAAACAUUUUCUUGGCAGAAGAUAAUCGACCAGUUGAGAAAUGGGAAUCCGUUAUUCGUGAGACUCUGAAUAGAAUUCGACCUGAGAAGACGAAGCUUAAAUGUUAUAGUGAUCCUCCUUCCCCAUCGAGGUAUAAACCGUUGGAUGACAUCCCGGAUAUCGAAGACGAGCUCGAAACUGACAGUGAAGAUGAUGCGGAAAUUUAUCCUUUAGAUGACGAUUCUAACAGUCUUUUUGAGCUCAAGAAUGUACCACAUGAAAGCGACAAUGAGUUUGUACACAAAUGGGUUUCAAAUUGCAGCGAGAGUGCUAGUUUGCUUACAUCAAAAGAACAGCAGUUUGGAAGACAAUAUUCUUUCUCCAAAAAGAUAGACAGGUUAAGUUUUCUUCGGGGUGAUGGCUGUACAGAAAACUCAGAAGCAUCGGUUACCCAAGGUAAUGAGAAACUACGGAAAACACUGAGUGGAUCUGAAAGGAUGGGUUUGGACUGGCCUGAGCAACCAUUAGAUUUGUUUUCUCAGCGUGUUUUAGAUAGACCGAAUUCUUUCAAAUCAUUUAAAUCUUUCAAAACAUUUAAGUCCUUUAAAACAUAUAAUUCUUUUAAAUUGGCUAGUAAUGGGUCGUCAGAGAUUGCCUUACUCAAAGAAAUUGACUUAGAAUCUAUAAUACGUCGGAGAAGAAGAUCACCUUAUGUAAGGAUUGUUAGCAAACAAAUGGUUGGGGUUUUCCUUUCUGUAUGGGUCCGUAGAAGCUUGCGGAAGCAUAUCCAAAACUUGAAGGUGUCGACCGUUGGCGUUGGUGCAUUUGGUGUUGGUGGUAACAAGGGAUCAGUGGCCGUCAGCAUGUCAAUCUAUCAAACACUCUUUUGUUUUGUCUGUUGUCACCUAACAUCCGGUGAAAAGGAUUCUGAAGAAGUUCGUAGAAAUGCGGACGUCAAUGAAAUACACCGGAGAACCCAGUUUUAUCCGGAUUCGGCCAUUGGCUUUCCCAAGAGCAUUUAUGACCAUGAAAGAAUUAUCUGGUUUGGAGAUCUGAACUACAGAAUCAACUUACCAUAUGAGAAAACACGAGAACUCAUAUCGCGAUUAGAUUGGUCCGCAUUGACUGAAAAAGACCAGCUAGUUCGACAGCUAAAAAAGGGUCGUGUAUUUGAGGGGUGGAAAGAAGGUACUUUAAACUUUCCUCCUACAUACAAAUACGAGCUCAAUUCAGUCAACUAUGCCGGUGGAGAUCCCAAGUCUAUGAGGCGCAAUCCUGCAUGGUGUGAUCGCAUUCUUUCUUAUGGAAAAGGAAUCAGGCUCUUAAAUUAUAAGAGGAUCGAGUAUAUGCUUUCUGAUCAUCGUCCUGUGAGGGCGACUUACAUGGUUGACGUUGAAGCAUUCGAUCAAAGGAAGCUACAGAGGGCUCUUACAUUCACGAAUGCUGAGCUGGAGGAUAGAGGGGCUUUGUCAGACCCUGAAUGCUAGCCAUUGGAGAUUUAGAAAUAUUUCUCCCUAUCCAAUGACUAGACUCUCUAUUCUUUAUACAGUAUAAUAUCUCAGUAUCUAGUUGUCCAAAGGUAUUAUACACUGAUUUAGGAUGUUUUUACUUGGGAUCAUUUAGAAGUUACUAAAGCAGAGUUGCCAAAGAUGAUUGAGAGACCCUCUGUGAGUCUCUAAAGUUGCAGAUGCUUUUUGUCUUCCUUUUUUUCUUUUUAUAUAUUGAUUUGUUUAUUUGUGUUGUAAAUGUCAUUGUUCUGUAAAUGUGUCUCACCGUCUUGUAAUGUUUUAGACCAGGUAUAUUCACAUAGUAAAUCAGAAAUUGUAAACUUGAUAAAUUAUAGAUCAAUGUAUAUCAGAAAUUGUUACAUUUGUACUU